GGAGCUGAAAUCAUAAUGAAACAUUUGUAGACAUCCUGCUGGGAAAUACAAAUCCUCCUCACAAUUAGAUGAAGACCAUAUGCUAAUUAAUGUCAGUAAGCAGACUUGUGGAAUGCUGUACAUUUUCAAAUGAAUUUGACUUCUUGAUGAAGUAUGAGCCAAAACUGAUACAGGAGGUGAAGGGAAGAUUUUGGUUCAGGUCUGUGCUUUUGUGGACAGAAAACCCUUAAACCACACUGCAGUUCACUUAUGGUCAGUUUAGGCAUAGUAUGACUUGGUUGGCAUGUAAAUAAGAAAAUGUUACUGAAAAGUAGGAUCCUCUUCUGUAGUGUUGAAAUAAGUACUCACCUUACUGUCACUGCAUGCCUGAAACAUUGUUUCUGUUUCCACUGCAUCCAGGAAGCAAUGCAGACCUGUAGUGCUUUUCCUCAGCAAAAGCUGUUUCAUGCAAGAUCUCGUGUGGAUACUAAGCCUCUGCAUGCACAGAUGCACCAACAUUUUAACUUGAGCAAGAUUCAGGAGCAUCAAAAGCGAAUUGGCCAAAUUGAAAGAGAUAAUAAGAAGCUCUUGGAGAGGCUAGCUGAGAUACACCGAGGGACAGGGAAAGUGGACUGCUGGAAUGAGCACUUUCGGAAGAGCUCAAAUAGAGACAAGCAGAACAGGGAAAUAGUGAAAAUCACAGUGGAAAACCAAGGUAUUCUGAAGAGGCUUGUUGACCGUAAGCCAACUUACAAUCAUAAGAAGUCCAAGACUGGUUGGCAGAACACCAGGCACUUCAUACGGAAUACGACACGAUACCUCAUUGCCUCACAAGAGAAUUAAGAGAAUACACCAACCAUGGCUAACACAGCAGGGACUCAAAAUCUUGUCAAAAUCAGAGUCUUGUUCCGGUAAUGUUAGCUAUCUGCUGCAUAGUCUUUUGCUAGGAUUUUAGAAUAAAUAGGAGCAUUGAAUGUGUGUUUUUUUUUCUUCCCUACAAGUAAUGCUCAUCUUAGCUCAUCAUAAACUUUAGCAUUUACCUACCUAUCC